AUGGCGCAAGUGCUGCUUGAUCUCGUCUACUCCUUUGGCAACUGCCUCAACUGCUUCCCCGGGUCGCCGACUCUCAAGAUCAAUGGCCGGAGCUUCAAGAUCCUGCGCCUACUCGGCGAGGGCGGCUUCUCCUACGUCUACCUCGUCCAAGACACCAGCACAUCAGAGCUGCUCGCCCUGAAAAAGAUCCGCUGCCCCUUCGGCGCCGAGUCGGUCGCCCAGGCCAUGAAGGAGGUCGAUGCCUACAAGCUCUUCUCCGGCAGCCCCGGCAUCAUCCACAGCGUCGACUAUAGCAUCGCCACGGACCGCGGCGGCGGCGGCGGCGGCUUCACCUCGGGCGGAGGGACCAGCGGCCGCGACGACGCCGCCAAGACGGUCUACGUGCUGCUGCCCUACUACCGGAGGGGCAACCUGCAGGACAUGAUCAACGCCAACCUCGUCAACCACACGUCCUUCCCCGAGCGGCGGCUCAUGCAGCUCUUCCUCGGCGUGUGCCGCGCCCUGCGCGACAUGCACCGCUACCGGCCCCAGGGCCCCGAACGCAUGGAGAUGCGCACCAACGGCGUCGACCCCGACGUCGAGGGGGCGAAAGGGUCCAAGCAGCACAAGAAGGGCGGGCGGAGGGUGGCGCCGAGCGCCGCGCCGGCGGGCGCCGACGAGGACGACGAGACGGAGCAGCAGCGGCCGCUGAUGGUGGGCGGGGACGACGAGGGGGUGCCGGCCGGUGAGGUCAGGAGUUAUGCGCACAGGGACAUCAAGCCUGGAAACAUCAUGAUCUCCGACGACGGCACAACCCCAAUCCUAAUGGACCUCGGCUCCAUCGCCGCCUCCCCCUUAGCCAUAACGUCGCGGUCCCUCGCCAUCGCGACGCAGGACACGGCCGCCGAGCACAGCACCAUGCCCUACCGCGCCCCGGAGCUCUUCGACGUCAAGACGGGCGCCGUCAUCGACACCAAGGUCGACAUCUGGUCCCUCGGCUGCACCCUCUACGCCUGCCUCGUCGGCAAGUCCCCCUUCGAGAUGCGCAGCGACGAGACGGGCGGGUCGCUGAGCAUCUGCGUGCUCGGCGGCGACUGGCGCUUCCCGGACGAGAAGCCCGGCGGCGGCGGCGGCGGCAAGGGCAAGGCGCGCGUCGGGACGGGGUUGGGCGAGAGCGGCGGCGCUGCGGCGGCGGCGGCGGCUGGUGCGGUGGGAGAGACGGUGAUUUCGGACUCUAUCCGCGAUGUCGUGAGGAGGUGUCUUGCCGUCGAGCCGGCCGAGCGGCCUGAUAUCGACGAGCUGAUUGGGAUGGUGGAGAGGGUCGUCGAGGAGCUGCCUGAGGACGGGGCGUGA